GAGCCCAACUUCAUCCAUUCAGGCCAGUGGCUUGGGCACGCUGUCAUCCUCUCGUUGACUACCAGGCUUUGCUUCAAUCAAAGCAUCCACAACGACCAAAAGGUGUUCGAAACGAGCAUCGCAAGACGCGAUUCAGCCUCCUCAUAAACACCCAGUACGUUAUCAUCAAGCUUCCUGCUGUAAAACGCACUCCAAGAAGUAUCAAGUGCGCGUCUACCCAACCUUGUGUCCUUGCUGUGACUUCAGACUUAGCGAGUGAUUCCCUUGACUCGUUUGGCGACGGCUGGACUUGUCGACUUCAUCGCACAGCGAAGUCGGACUACUCCUUGCCUGAUCAUCUACUGACCUGAUUGUUAUUUGCAGCGCACGACGUACAGACGAGCAAUAUGGGGAAGAAGAGAAAGAACGAAGACAUUGAGGAUGUGCUCGCAAAGCCAUGGUGUUAUUACUGCGAGCGUCAGUUCGAAGAUCUCAAGAUUCUGAUAUCGCAUCAGAAAGCGAAGCAUUUCAAAUGUGAACGCUGUGGUCGUCGUUUGAAUACUGCCGGUGGUCUAUCGGUCCAUCUCAACCAAGUGCACAAAGAAACGUUGACCGAAGUCGACAAUGCGCUGCCUGAGCGCAAGGGCCUUGGCGUCGAGAUUUUUGGUAUGGAGGGCAUACCAGACGACAUCAAACAACGACACGACAAGCGCGUCGCAGAGAAUUACUGGAAAGAGCAGGCAAGCAGACGCGAGGCCACGGGCAAUCCGCCUGCUGGCUCAAAGGAAGCCUUGGCGGUCAAGCCAUCCAAGUUUGGUGAUGAUGAGGACUUGCUUAAGCGCUUCAAAGAGCACCUGGCUCGAAUCGAGAAUGGCGACACACUUGCUCCUGCUGCAAUUGAUGGCGUGCAGCCUGUUCCAGCGCCAGGAAUCCCUCCGUCUGUAUCGCCAGACCAAGCGCAGCCUUUCGCCCCUCCUCCAUUCCAGCCGGCGCCUAUAGGUUUCCCGCCCGUUCAGGCUCCCUUCCCAGGUCAACCUCCGUUUCAGCCCCCCUUCGCUGGAAGCCCUCCAUUCGCACAUGGGCCUUACCAGCCGCCCCCCGUACCAGGUGGUUCCAACCUGCCAUCACGACCAGCGUUCCCGCCACACCCGGCUGGACCAAUGCAGCAGGCUCCCCCAGGUGGCAAUCCCGCCGUCUCAGCGGCAGUCGACGACCUUAUAUCCAGUGCACAGGCUGCUGCUGCUCCAACUCCUCCACCAGCAGCCACCUCUUCAGCGCCGGCGGAGAAGAAAGGCAAAGAGAAGAACGUACGCCUUGUGUACUCAGACAAUGAAGUCAGCCCUGAAGAGAAGAUGGCGGCAAGGGCUAAAUAUGCUUUCGUCAAGUCCUGAAAACCCUCCAUCUUGCAAGUUGUGUUGGGUAUGCCUGUGGGCUAUUGCGCACUAGGUUCAGAGACACUGACGAAAUGCAAAAUAAAUAAACUUUUCUGAAGUUUAUAUCUCAAAGUGAACGGCUUUGUAAGCCCUGCUUCUGGAGUAGGGAGAAGGUAAAAUAACGGCGUGGGUGAUGACAGAGUAUAUCGAUCACUCGGCGCCUGUGUCUCAUGCAAGCGCAAUGUAUCUUAUGAUCGUAGUUCACUAACAUGACAGCUUUCAGUGGCUGGCCUUGCAGGUACAUUGAACCGGUAUAUAGCUAAUACAAGAUACCAUGCAUUCGCUUCGAA